UUAGGGGGUACUUGAAUUAAAAACAUUUUCACAGGGGGGUACAUCACUGAAAAAAGUCUGAGAACCACUGCAUUAGUGUACCAAAGAAUAUAUUUUCCGACGGGGUCGCUGGGGGUGCUGGAGGCUAUCUCAGCUGCAUUCGGGUGGAAGGCGGGGUACACCCCUGGACAAGUCGACUUUUUCAGAAUGUGUUCAAAUUACUUUUAUAUUUCAUAUCAUUAUAAUACCAAUGUCCACCAUAUUUUGUUACUUUUCAUGUAAAUGUUGUGAUGACCGCAUGACUUGUAUUGACGUGUAAUUAUAGGUGAAUUACAUUCAUAUAGCACUUUUCUCUAGUGACUCAAAGCACUUAACAUAGUGAAACCUAUCAUCCAAGUUACAUUUUUAAACCAGGGAGGGUUGACUCACUUCUGUUACCUGAUAGUGAUGCGUUUGUGGUCCUUUUCAAACAUCCUCAGCAUGAGUUUUUGCUCUUGCUGUGAAACGACUGUAUUUUAUCAUUGGUCCUGCAGUUUCACAUGUUGAACUCUUAGGGACGCUGUAGUCCGUGAUGUCGCUGAUACAGCAGCCGUGCCUCCAUUAAAAGAAGACAGCCUACAGAGGAAAAAAGGCAAACCACAGGAAGAGACGCUUUGGACCGCAGCACAUAACCUCACUGGGACUAUUUUGUGAUAUUUUUUGAGGAUUAACAGACCCGAUCCACUCGUUGUUGGGAUAUAUUGCCUUUUGGAUUCGUUUUAGGCAGCACAGAGGUGUGUUUCUGUCCUGAACGUGAUGCCAAGGAGAACAAUGAGACGGCAAGUAGUGCUUUUCAUCUCCUUGCUGUUCAUCGGCGCUGCGUCCGCGCAGAUCAACUAUUCCAUUCGUGAGGAGAUGCAAGUGGGCUCCUUAGUGGGAAAUAUAGCCGAGGAUUUGGGUAUGGGCGUGCAGAGACUGAAGGCACGCAAUGCUCGUGUUUAUUUCGGUGACAGCAAACAAUACAUGGCGCUGAAUAAAGACAGGGGCGUCCUCCUCAUCCAGGAGCGGAUAGACCGAGAGGCGCUGUGCGCGCAGUCGACGCCUUGCGCGCUGCGCUUUCAGAUUAUUCUAGAGAACCCCAUCGAGUUUUAUAAAAUAAUUGUGGAGCUCGUCGACAUCAACGACCACGCCCCUGCCUUCGAGAAGGGCGACAUUAAAUUCAAAAUAAGCGAAUCUGCAGUGAUAGGCUCGAAAUUUGAUUUAGAGCGAGCUGUGGAUCUUGACGUUGGAAUGAAUGACCUCCAAUCGUACGUUCUAGAACCGUCUGAUAAUUUUGCGUUAAAGCUACACGAUCAAGCAGACGGAUCCAGGAGCGUGGAGAUGGUUUUAAAGCAAAGUCUGGACAGAGAGAAAAAGGAGCAUUUGCGUCUUGUGCUGACGGCUGUCGAUGGAGGAGAGCCGCAGUUGUCUGGCACGAUGCAGAUUCUUAUCACCGUGUUAGAUGCUAAUGACAACGCACCCGUGUUUACUAAACCUGUUUAUAAAGCUACUGUUGCAGAAAACACCCCCAAAGGCACCGUCGUGACAGUAGUCAGCGCCUCAGAUGCUGAUCACGGAGCUAAUAGUAAAAUAAUAUAUUCAAUCAGAAACACCAUGGACGAUGUGAGACAUUUGUUUAACAUAAAUGAAAACAGUGGCGAGGUCACGCUGAUUGGAAAUGUAGACUUCGAGAAAUCGCGCAACUAUCAAAUUAAUGUGCGUGCGAGUGACGACGGCGGACUGACGGACAGCUGCAAAGUCAUCGUGGACAUUGUGGACGCGAAUGAUAACAGCCCGCUGAUCAACAUCAUGUCUAAGACAAAUGUCAUAUCCGAGGACGUCCGAAGUGAAACCGUCGUAACGAUUAUUAAUGUUCAAGAUCAAGAUGAUGGCGAGAAUGGAAAAGUAGAGUGUGCGAUAAAUCCAAAUAUCCCCUUUGUGUUAAAGUCAACUGAUACUCAUUUCUACAGUUUAGUGACGGACAGUGAAUUAGACCGAGAGAGGUCGAGUGAGUAUAACAUCACAGUGAUGUGCUCUGAUGAGGGAGUGCCCUCCCUCUCCAGCAGCGUCACUCUCACCUUACACAUCUCAGAUGUGAACGACAACGCACCUGUCUUUGAGAGGAGCUCAUAUGAGGCCUCCAUUGGAGAAAACAACAUUCCAGGUCUUUCUAUAUUCACAGUGAAAGCCAGAGACGCUGACUGGAACCAGAACGCUCGCCUCUCUUACAUGCUGGAGGACUCCUCUGUUAACGGAGUGCCAGUCUCCUCAUAUGUGUCUGUUAGUGCUGAUAGUGGAGUCAUCCAUGCAGUGCGCUCUUUUGACUACGAGCACCUGAAAGAGUUUCAUUUCCGCGUCAGAGCUCAGGAUGGAGGUUCUCCUCCUCUCAGCAGCAACGUGAGCGUUCGCAUCCUGAUCCAGGACCAGAACGACAACGCCCCCCAGGUCCUGUACCCGGUCCAGACGGGCGGCUCGGUGCUGGCUGAAAUGGUGCCUCGUUCAGCAGAUGUGGGCUACCUGGUGACUAAAGUGGUGGCUGUUGAUGUGGACUCUGGACAGAACGCCUGGCUCUCCUAUAAAGUGCACAAAGCCACAGACAGGGCGCUGUUUGAAGUGGGCCUACACAAUGGAGAAAUAAGAACUGUCCGCCAAGUCACUGAUAAAGAUGCUGUCAAACAAAGACUGAGUGUUCUAGUGGAGGACAACGGGCAGCCCUCUCGUUCAGCUACAGUCAUUGUUAACGUGGCGGUGGCGGACAGCUUCCCUGAAGUGCUGUCAGAGUUCACUGACUUUAGCAUGCACGACAAGGAGUACAAUGACAAGCUGACUUUUUACUUAGUCUUGGCUUUGGCUGUAGUCUCCUUCCUCUUCAUCACCUGCUUGCUGCUCAUCAUAUCAGUCAAAGUGUACAGGUGGAGACAGUCUCGCGUCCUCUACCACUCCAACCUCCCUGUCAUUCCAUAUUAUCCACCACGUUACUCAGACACUUUGGGGACAGGGACUCUCCAACACGUGUACAAUUACGAGGUGUGCAGGACCACCGACUCCAGGAAAAGUGACUUGAAAUUGGACAGAGCUGCGAGUCACAACGUGCUGGUGAUGGACCCCAGUUCUACAGGAACCAUGCAGAAGAUACACAGUGAAAGGAACAUCCUGGAUGAACCUGACUCUCCUCUAGAGCAAAAGCCGCCCAACAACGACUGGCGCUUUAACCAGGGACAGAGACCCGGACCCAGCGGUCCCCACAUGCCAUACGGUACACACAUACGAUGGACGCCGAAGAGUGGGACAAGGGCUGCCGGAGGACCCGAGGUUGCCAUGGGAACCGGCCCCUGGCCCCAACCCCCAACUGAAGCGGAGCAGCUCCAAGCCCUGAUGGCCGCGGCAAACGUGGGCGAGGCGACCGGCACCCUGGGACCGGGCACCAUGGGCCUGACCACCCGCUACAGCCCCCAGUUCACCCUGCAGCACGUGCCCGACUACCGGCAGAACGUGUACAUCCCGGGCAGCACGGCCACCCUCACCUCCAACCCCCAGCAGCAGCAGCAGCAGCAGCAGCAGCAACAGCAGCAGCAGCAGCAGGCCAUGGCCCAGCAGGCCGGCCAGCAGGCGCUGCCCCCGCCCCAGCCCGAGCCCCCCAAGGCCGCCCAGACCCCGGCUUCCAAGAAGAAGUCCACCAAGAAGGAGAAGAAGUAGGCGGAGGAAUGCUUAAGGCAACCCCCCACACCCCGCCAUGAAGUAUCUUAUCUCGCUGAGGUCCAGGUGGACCACAUGGACGGUUCUGAGGGUUCUUUGGAAGUGUCUGGAGGGUCUUUGAGGAGUGGCAACACACUUGUAGUCAAUAGAUGUAGUUUGGCUGGGUAUGGGGGGUUAUUGUGAUUAUUUGUUGCUUUGGCUCGGACAAGAAACCUUGCAAGUGAUGUAUCCUGAGAAGUGUUAGUCUGAUUUAUUGUGCUCUGGGAAGUUGUAAGUACGCUUGGUCGCCAUCUUAUUUCCAUGUAGGCUCCGCCCGAGCAGGACCUCCCACUCCGUGGUGAUACGUUUGUUUUUACCGCUCUUACAAACUCGUCUGCAUGCUCUUUAAAAGGUUCAAACAUACUAGUUUAGAGUUGAACUAUGCAUUGCAAAAGAGGAGGACGUCCCCCCCCACCCCCCCAAACCUGCCCCCGGGCGCCCCUUCGACACCCCCCUGCCAAAUCAACAGAAUGCACAUGUAGCAUUUACCCCCAAAAAACGAAAUUUGUAACCAUGGUUUUGAGCAGGGCUGCAACAACUAAUCGAUUAAAAUCGAUUAUAAAAAUAGUUGGCGAUUAAUUUUGUCAUCGAUUCGUUGGAUCUAUGCUAUGCGCAUGCGCAGAGGCUACUUUUUUAUUUUUUUUUAUAAACCUUUAUUUAUAAACUGCAACAUUUACAAACUACGGAGCCCAUAAAGAGACAUGGGGGAAAACAUAUUUUUCUAAUUUUUUUUUUUAAUUUAAUUUUUUUUUAGACAUGU